GUUAAUAACCAUCUUUGAUCUUAGCUUUUACAGAUCGCCAUUAUUGGGUUUAGCAGUGCACAGUGAUUAAGUGUGGAGACUGGGGCUUUAGCAGUAAAAGUGGAACAUGCUAUCUACUACUACUACUACUGCUGUAUAAUAGUAUCAUCAUCGGUAGUUAUUCGAGAUGAUAUCCGCUACGAGCUGAAAACGAAACGAGAAGAGAAGCCAUUCCUGUGGGGUUUUAUUUCAUGGGGAUGUGUUCAAGACAAGAGAGAAUACAAAAAGACGUCGACAUCGUAAUUCAAAGGUGCAAGGCAGAGAAAGACUGCCUUUUCUCUGAUUUCAGAUACACUGACGCCACCUUCACCUUCACCUAUUCCAAAGGCUCCAGAAGGGUGUCCUACUCUGUGCACGUCUCUGAUGACUACCCAGAUAACACAUAUGUGUCAAACUCUGAGAAGGAGGAUGAGGUUCUAGUCACCAGAGACCAGAUCCCCGUCAUCUUCCACAGAAUAGCAACAGAGAUUAGGGUCAAUAAUGACACCAACUGCUGCCUGUCCAUCAAGUCAAAACUUCAGACAGACAAGAACCAGUGCCACUAUGCCAUAGAGGAGGACUCUGAGGGGGAUGCUGACUCUGAGGAGUUUUACUAUGGAGGUCAGGUGAACUCUGAUGGCGAACUCAACAAACACCACCAGUUGGAGGCGGACCUGGCGGCGGUCCGGGAGAUGUACGGACACCACUCAGUAUCUCUCAGGGAAUACGGUGCCAUUGACGAUGUGGACAUUGAUCUCCACAUCGACGUCACUUUCCUAGAUGAGGAAAUCGCUCUAGCGUGGGACGUGAUACGGAGGGAGCCGGUGAUUGUGCGUCUACACUGCUCUCUGACACAGUACCUGAAUGGACCAGUCCCCACGGUGGACGUGUUCCAGGUGUCGACUAAAGACCGGUUUGGACUAGGACAUCAGAUGAAGAAGAUAAUGCAGACGUUUGUCACCCAGCAGUGGAAACAUCAAAGUAAAGAGAAGCUCAACUGCCCUCACAACAAAAACAAGAGUGACAAGAAGGUCAAAUCUCCCCUCCACAUCUUCUCGACCCUCCGCAGAUCUCCCAGCUACCCGCCUCCCGGCUGUGUCAAGAGCAAAAAGAAGCUGAAGCCAGAACAAGAUGGCGUCUCUAAAUCCCAUCGCCUUCUCCGCCGGACUUACACCAGCACCGCCAAACAGCAGGUUGAGGUGGACGGCUGCGCCCCCGGGACCAAGACUACCCACCGUCUCCUGGGCCUUUCCCUGUCUAGCGGAGACCCCCGUAUGGACCACGGAGGAGGGCCCGGCCCACUGCCCUUCAAACCCCGCCGCAUGGGCAGGCCCUGCAUGGCUGAGGUCAAACCAGAGGACCUCCGACCCGCUCCCCAUAAGCUCCUGCCUCGCUCGUGCUCCGGCGACCCCCGCUGUGAGCACGCGGGAGUGGGAGGAGGUGGGGAAGGGGGUGUAGGUAGUCUUGGGGGAGGUGUUGGUGGUGGAGGAGGUAGUCUUGGGGGAGGUGUUGGUGGUGGGCUGGGCCAGAGUGGUGGUGGAGCGGGUAGUCCUGGGGGAGGUGUUGGUGGUGGGCUGGGCCAGAGUGGUGGUGGAGGGGGUAGUCUUGGGGGAUGUAGUCCUGGGGGAGGUGUUGGUGGUGGGCUGGGCCAGAGUGGUGGUGGAGCGGGUAGUCUUUGGGGAUGUAGUCCUGGGGGAGGUGUUGGUGGUGGGCUGGGCCAGAGUGGUGGUGGAGGGGGUAGUCUUGGGGGAUGUAGUCCUGGGGGAGGUGUUGGUGGUGGGCUGGGCCAGAGUGGUGGUGGAGCGGGUAGUCUUGGGGGAUGUAGUCCUGGGGGAGGUUUGAAACACCACAGGCUGCUCAGUAGGUCGUGCUCUGGUUCUAUCAGGACGGAGGAGCUGGAUGGACUGAAACACCACCACCACCUCCUCAGCAGGUCCUACUCCAGCAGUACCAAGAUGGGCAAGGCAGCGGACAUCUUCAAGGACUCUGUGGCUCCGUCCGAGGGGAGGCGGCUCUCUCUUACCUCAGGGCUCAUCGGGAUCCUCGCCCCCUCGCUCGCCACACCACCGCCGCCAAACAAUGGAGCCAAGUCCAUACCAAUAAAAGACAGAGGUUUCCUUGUCCAGACUAUGGAAUAUGCUGAGCGGAGGAUUCCGGUCCUAAAUGAGUUCUGUGUGGUGUGUGAUGAACCACACGUUUUCCAGAACGGACCAAUGCUCAGACCCACGGUGUGCGAGCGGGAGCUGUGUGUGUUUGCCUUUCAAACACUGGGGGUGAUGAACGAGGCAGCCGACGAGAUCGCCACAGGAGCUCAGGUGGUGGAUCUGUUGGUGUCCAUGUGUAGGUCUGCUCUAGAGUCUCCCAGGAAAGUGGUCAUCUUUGAGCCGUAUCCCUCCGUGGUGGAUCCAUGUGACUCCCAGGCACUGGCCUUCAACCCCAGGAAAAAGGACUAUGAACGAGUGAUGAGAGCCCUUGACAGUCUCACCUCUAUCAGAGAAAUGUCCCAGGCACCUUACCUGGAGAUUAAGAGGCAGAUGGACAAGCAUGAUCCUUUAGCUCACCCCUUACUGCAAUGGGUGAUAUCCAGUAACAGGUCACACAUCGUCAAACUACCAGUUACCAGACAGCUGAAGUUCAUGCACACCACGCACCAGUUCCUUCUACUCAGCAGUCCUCCUGCCAAAGAGUCCAACUUCAGAGAUGCCAAAAACCUCUUUGGGAGUACCUUCGCUUUCCAUGGUUCUCACAUAGAAAAUUGGCACUCCAUUUUGAGGAACGGUUUGGUGGUUGCAUCCAACACAAGACUUCAGCUCCAUGGCGCCAUCUACGGGAGUGGAAUCUACAUCAGCCCAAUGUCAAGCAUAUCAUUUGGUUACUCAGGGAUGAACAAAAAGCAGCAGAAAGUUACUUCGAAGGACGAAACUGCUACAAACAAGACCAACUUACAGUCAACAAAGAAAGGACAGCAGCCUCAGUUUUUGCAAAGUCGGAACCUGAAGUGCAUAGCCUUAUGUGAAGUAAUCACAUCCCCUGACCUGCACAAACAUGGAGACAUCUGGGUCGUUCCCAACACUGAUCAUGUCUGUACACGCUUCUUCUUUGUUUAUGAAGAUGGCCAAGUGGGGGAUACGAGCAUCAACACACAAGACGCUGGCAUCCAUCGAGAGAUCCUACGAGUCAUCGGCAACCAGACCGCCACCGGAUGAACAACACAGCAAUACUGCUGCCUCUCCUCCACCUCUCAGCUCAAAGCUGGAUUUGUUUUGGAGCUGCGAAGGCCCGUCGUACAAAGUGUUUCCUUCCGCUCAACUUCAGAGAACACACAAACAACUUGAAAGUUUGAAAUCCUCAAAGAAAUAGCUACAGCGAAACCCCAUCACACAUAUUUACAACUGAAACGCAACAGAACUCGAGGGAAAAACACAGUUUGCUAAGUUUCAUAAAUACUAUGGAGAAUCCUGUUUUUUCCUGAAGACACAGUACGUCUCUGUUUGACUUGAUUGGGACGAUUUCAUUUUUGUAGAGAACAUUUAAAACGGUAAAACUCUUUGGUGAAUAUUCUGAGACUUUUUGCUAGUAGAUGUGGGACCUUUUCGGGGGAAAAAUAACUAGGAAAAAGGUCCUUCCUGUCUAGGAAAAAGGUCUUUCCUGUUUAGGAAAAAGGUCCCAUCCAUCUGACCUGGUUUACUAUAGAGUUGUACCUUUUUAAAGUACAAUGUAUACUGAAGAUGUUGAUAUGCACUGUUUCUUAAGGUCAUAUAUUUGUUCCAACAACUGGUUCAUAACCUGAAAAACGACAACUUAUUUUCCACUUGAUUAUGUUUGGUGUGUAUGUAUGUAUGUACACACACACAGUACCAGUCAAAAGUUUGGACACACCAACUCAUUCCAGGAUGUUUCUUUAUUUUUACUAUUUUCUACAUUGUAGAAUAAUAAUAAUCAUGUUGAAACCAAAAGUGUUAAAUUCAUCAAAAUAUUUUAUGAGAUUCUUCAAAGAAGCCAUCCUUUGCCUUGAUGACAUCUUUGCACACUCUUGGCAUUCUCUCAACCAGCUUCACCUGGA